AUGAUACAUAGUCCAUGUGGAGAUUGGUGCAAAGAUAAUAAUAAUAAAUGUUCAAAACACUUUCCCAAAGCAUUCCAAGAUGAAACAAUAAUGGAUGAAAAUGGAUAUCCUACUUACCGCCGCAGAAAUGCUGGAGUUUUUGAUCGUUUACAGGGAGGAACCGCUGAUAAUCAAUAUGUUGUUCUUUAUAAUGCUGUAUUAUUAAAAUUAUUUAAUAGUCACAUCAAUACAGAAAUAGUAUCAACUAUCCAAUCUGUUAAAUAUUUGUACAAGUAUAUAUAUAAAGGACAUGAUGCUGCAGCUAUCGAAGUGACGAAUGGCAAUGAAAGCUCUAUGAACCAUGAUGAAAUACACAAUUUUAUAGAAACUCGAUACGUAGGUCCAGUUGAAGCAUGUGAUCGAUCUUUACAAAAAAAAAGUCAUUCGAUUAUACGUUUGCCUAUACAUUUACCUAACCAACAAAUGGUCAUGAUAAGUGACGAAGCUACAGAUGACUCUAUUAGAUCAGCGUUAGAAAAAAAUACUAUGCUGAUUGAAUAUUUUGCAUUGAAUCAACGUGAUACAGAAGCGGAAAAAUUCACAUAUGCAGAAAUUCCAUCAUAUUACGUGUUUAAAAAGUCUUCUAAUGCUGUCAAUAAAUCAUGGGAAGAACGCAAACAAGAUCGCAAGGUUAUAGGAAGAAUGUACUCUAUAAGUCCCCAUCAAAUCGAAUUAUUUCAUCUUCGGUUAUUAUUGCUAACAGUUAAAAGAGCUGAGAGUUUUGAAGAUAUACGAACAGUUGAUGGAAAAACAUAUGGUACUUUCCAUGGUGCAUGCUGA